AUUCACGUUUGUUCUUUAGGCGCCUAACCAAAAGGCGUUCAGCACUGGAAGCAUUACAGGUGGAGGACGAAUACCAGGGAUACUUAACGGAGGGCAGAAUAUAACUUUUUUCCCUUUAGACGUUGGUUAGGAAAGCUGGAGAAACAUAGCGACGAAAGCUCUCACGUCCAAAGCUGUUUAUCGGGACCUGAGCAUACUGAAACCAUCGAUAUGCGUUUUUACAUUCUAGGACUCGGACCAAUAGGCUCUCUACUUGCCUACAACCUACGCGCUGUUCUGCCACGCAACCAUGCCAUCACACUCAUCCACAAGUCGAAGAAGCAGGUAAAAGUGGCCAGAGCGGAAGGAGGUGCCAUUUCUGUCGAGCACAAAGGUGUUCUCAGAUCUCAAAAGGGUUUCGAGGCCGAAGUGUUCGAACCAAGGAGCAAUCUCGGGAUGGUAAUGCUACCCGUCACAGGCGAAGUUUCAUCCGACGACGAGACACCAACGCAGGAGCAAAAGAGAGGAGAGCCCAUUGAGGCAUUGUUCAUCACGACCAAAGCGCAUGCUACAUCAGUGGCUAUCCAGCGCCUCCUUCCUCGACUAUCAGGAAGUAGCACCAUCGUGCUCUUGCAAAACGGCAUGGGAGUCUACGAGGACCUUAUUCAAAAGGUGUUUCGCAAUCCAGACGAAAGACCACACUUUAUAUUGGGAUCCAACACUCAUGGGGCCUGGCUCAAGGGGUUUUACAACGUCGUACAUGCUGGUGUCGGAGAAAUCGAUUUUGGGAUCGCACCUGACGUUCGAAAUCGUGAUUACGAGGCCACUUUGUCGAAUGAGAGUGUCCCAAGAGAAAACCGCGAACUACAGCUGGAUGACAUCACACAUCCAAAUGAUCCGUCGUACGAGCGCUACCGUUCACUACGACACACUGUCGCAGUUCUUAGAUCGCUGGAUGCCCUCAACGUGAAGUGGAAACCAAUAUCAGACGUGCAAGUAUCCAUGCGGCGGAAAGUCGUGGUCAACUCUGUUAUCAAUCCGCUCACAGCCAUCAUGGGAUGUAGAAACGGCGAGCUAUUCAAAGAUGACGCAUCAACUCGAAUCCUGCAUCACGUAUGCGUGGAGGCUGCAGCUGCUUUCGAGGCUCAAUAUAAAGCUGACACGCAGACGUGGCUAGAUACGCUCGGAGUAGAGGUUGACAAAAGCCAGGUACCUUUAGGUCGCUUUCCUCCUGCUUUGGGGAGGAAGCGACUGAUGGAAGAAGUUCUUCGCGUUGCGCAAGUCACAGGAGGGAACAUAUCGUCUAUGUUGUCCGAUGUUCGGAAGGGUAGGCAAACAGAGGUAGAGUUCAUGAACGGGUACUUGUUAGGCCUCGGAACCCAAUACAACGUCCCUAUGCCAACAACUACUGUCCUGCUUAAUCUGGUCAAGAUGCGAGGGGCAAUCCCUAUAGACCAAAUGCUGUAG